AUGCUUCCUCGCUCACCUCAUGAUAUGUAUGACGACUACCUUCUUCCAGACAUUAAUGGACACUACUAUUCUUCAUACCAUUCAACUGCAGGAAUGGAUCAGUAUAUGGGACAACAGAGUCAUGAUGAUGGUUCAAGACUUUAUUCUGACUUUGAUAAUAUUUUUACUUCAUCUGAAUACUAUCGAUACCAGGAUCAUAGUGGGGGACAAUUGAAUGUUCAAAUUAAAGAGGAACCUACGGAUGAUAAUCCUUCGGCGAGACAUCCAAACUAUCCUGACAGCUAUGGCCCUGAUUUACGCCACGAGUUACUUGCUCCGGAUCUCCCGACUCACAACAACAACAGAAUGUUACUGGAGGAACCUGAUGAUAUAAAAGAAGAAGUUUUAGGACAAGCAUAUUCUGUACCAUCCCAUAUACCAUCACGUGAAAAGUCCUCAAUUUACAGAAGUGUCUCGUCAUCUCCAGAUUUUUCAGGUAAAAAGAAGCAACCUAGAAGGAAAAACAACAAGGAUAUUGAAUUGGCUCGAAAUAACAACAUUCCAGCAACUCCCACACAAAUAGCCGAAUUUACCUAUGAACAACUAAAAAGUUUUAUUGCUAAAUACCAAUUUAGUGAUGAACAAAUUUUGUUAAUCAAAGCAAUACGAAGAAGAGGUAGAAACAAGAAAUCCGUUGCCCUGUAUCGUCAAAAAAAAGGAUCACAAAUAAGAUUUUAG